CAAGCAGUUCGAGCGGGGAUCUUUCGGAGCUGUCUGAGCUGGAAGAGGAGGACCGGCCUUUGCCUCUGCUUCGGCCUUUGUAUUACGCUAUGUCUGGCUUCCCGGACCUCCCACCGCGCAACGCUGCAGACCUGGCGGCCAUUGCAGACGCCAACUUGGUGUACUCGGAGCGCACCCUCCGCUCCCUUGCUUGGUUCCGCAACGCAGUCCUCAGGUUCUUUUGCUGGCAGUUUCGAAGAAGCUUCAUGGAGCUCACCCUCAGGCAGAACCAAAGAUCAAUUUCUGCAUCGGUGGCGGCAUGGGGCCGCACCCAACACGAGCUCCAGGCAGAAGAAGUGCUGGGGAGGGCCACGGCUCAAAUGGAUGAGCAAGCGGCCGCGCGUCUCAGGCGAGCGUUUACAUGGUUGCAGGAGGCUCUGCGGCAAGCACCAGAACGUAACGAUCGAGCAUGGAUCAUCACGACUGGAAACCAAUUUUGCCCACCCACCCGGGUGCUGCACCAACGUCUGGGACCACACAUUGUCGCGGUGCUUCGGCGACACUUACAGGAGGAACUGGCGGACGAGGUUGCCGAGACCAUCCUCAACAUGGCCCCUUCAAUGGGGUACCAGGACUAUCUCACUGCCCUGCUCCCCUGGUUGGACCCGACCGAACAACUCAAUUUCCAGCAGUGGUUCCAGGAGUACGAGCAACUACAACGCUUGGCUCUGCCCGAAAGGAUGGCGACGAACUACCUCGAGGUUCUGCCGACCCACCGCCGCAGCGGAGAGGAUGAGAAUAGCCGGACGGACUGCCCUGGUCCCAAUUCCAGGGACACGGGAAAUGCACUGCCAGGCGUCUACAGACGGCGCCGUGUUGAUGCCUGCGUAGAUCAGGUCAACCAUCUCAUUGCGCAGGCGGAGCUUGCCGCCCCGCACGGCCUGCAGGGACUCUAUAGGCUGUCUCGCAAGCUGGCGCCCAAAACUGGCAAGAAAUCCAUACAUUUUCGCAAACCAGAUGGCAGCCUUAUGACGGACCAGGAAGAACUUGACAGCUUGACGUCCUACUUUCGGGAUCUUUAUAGGGCAGACCUGUGUCAAUUCACAAGUUGGUCCUUGCAACUGCCAUUGAACAUCAGCCUUGAAGAGGUUUUGGACGCCUUGCAACAAAUGUCAGCCCAGAAGGCGCUGCCGCCACAACAGGCACCGGCCGUCCUCUGGAAGACGGCACAGCUUGAACUGGCGCCCCGCAUUUGCUCGGAUUUCAAUCAGGUGCUGGUGCCGGGCCCGCUAAACUUCCCAGAGUCCUGGAAUGCAGCCUACAUGGACACGCUACUGGAGGGAGGUCUAACACUAUCAUUGGAUUUGUCCAAAGCUUAUGCCCUCACGGGAUAUGCCGAUGACUUCUUAGUCAACUGGGAGAUCCGUUCGCCCCGAGAUUUUACCAAUGCGUGCGCUUCUAUUCCUAAGAUCCUAGCAGCACUGCAAAACCUCGGUAUGAGCAUUUCUUUGGACAAAACGGUCAUUCUUCUGGCCCUCAAAGGCCGAGCGGCGCCCCAACUCUUGAAGACAUACACCUGCCACAAGAAGACAGACCGGUUCUUACGCCUAGCGCAUGGUGCCCACACCACUCUGCUCCCCAUCAGCCUGGGUGGCGUUUCACCGCUUGCAUUCAUUGCUAAAGCACCCGUCGGUCCCACUGGCGCGCAGGCUCCAGCUGAUAACACCACUCUGCUUCAAAGACUCGACAUUCCACAUCCCAUGCAGCAACUGUCAAAAGCCACCCUCAAGCGCAUUGCCCUCAGCAAGCCUCACAUUCAACAUUUACAACCUGAACAUGUGAUUCAAUGGUGGGAUGUGAUUGCCAACAGCUUCAGUCAGCAUGCAUUGCCCCCGACGCAAGGGGUCAAGCUGGUGGAGGUUUCACAGUACACAGAGGUAAAUCUCACAAACCGAUGGUCGGCCUGCCCGAUUCUUCAUGCGGCACCCGACCAGGCCCGCUUUACAACAUUGGCUGAGCGUAAACAACUGAAAGAGCUCGCAUCAGCCAUCCGAGCCAGUGGCAAGCUAGUGUUCUGCCCUGAGUGUGGGGCAAUGGUGCUCCAAGCCCUCGUAUUUGCCAGCGCUCCCUUGCAGCUUCCUUUCAACAUGGCCGUUCCAACGAUGGAGGCGAAGGACAGAGAGGAGCUCAUCCAGGCCCAAGCGGAGUUCGAGCAGUUCGGGCAGUACAUGAAGGCGAAUGCCCGGAGCGUCAGCCCCACCGUGACUCCGAUGUCGACGACUCCGUCCCACUCGACAGCUCCCCCGGCCCAGGAGGACAUGGACGUGGACAGGAGCAAACGGACGGACGACGCCCCUCCGCAGCUCGAGCCCCCGACGAAGUGGGCGAAAGGGGAUGCCAAGGGCGAUCCCAAGCAGGACUCGGGGAAUCUUCCUCAGGCCAGCGGCAAAGGGUCCUCCGGCGAGCUGCUGUCCAAGGCCGCGGUAGCACUGGGAGCUCAGACGAGCUCAGGCAACGCCAGCUCCCCUUCCGACAGGCCACCUCAAGAGCUGACGACGAUGGGCCCCAAAGCAAGCCCGCCCAGUCCGCCCAACCAGGACAAUCCAGCUCCCCUGCAAGUGGCCAAGAACCACCAGGGAGGAUGGGGCGGCUGGCGAGGCAAUGGCGGCCGCAGCUGGGGCUCCAACCAGGGCCGAUCGCAAGACCGCAGCCGCCGUGGACAAGACGACGACCGCUGGAACCGGAAUCAGAACGACAAGGACAGGGAGCGCGAAAUGGAGGACUUGAGGGAGAUGAUCCGCCACCUGGCGAGGUUGGCGUUGCGUCUCGAAGACGCAAUGUCCAUAUGCAAUUUGGACAACGAGUUCAUCCUAUUUUUCCAGACGGGAUCCAACCCGUGGUCGAUCACCAAGCCGCUCUUCGAGACAGCAGCGGAUUGGAAAGCCAGGAAGGAGUCGGACCCGUCGAGCUUGAGCCAGCCACUCCGAAGUGUGCUGUUCUACUGUGUUUGGACAAGCCUCCUCACACAGCUACGCAAGAUGGAGGAGGCAUCCGAGAGCAGCUUCAUCAACGAGGUGAAGGGCAGGGGAUUGACAGAGGACAAUUCCUAG